AUGAAGAAACAGAGGGAAAGGGAUGAGGAGGAGGGAGGGGUGAGGAGGAGGGAGGGAGGGAUGAGGAGAAGGGAGGAGGGAGAAGAAGGAGGGGUGAGAAGGAGGGGUGAGGAGGGAGGAGAAGGAGGGGUGAGGAGGGAGGAGAAGGAGGGAGGAGAAGGAGGGGGGUCAGAGGUCAGCGGCUGGAGACGCUGGUCAGGAAUGCUGCAGGAUGGAUGCUAUUUACGCUGA